AUGUCUGUCGAAACAGUUACCUAUAAUGUUUACCGAGUUGCCUUUAGCCAGAGACGUGGCCCAGACCACGAGGGUAUCGCUCUGGUCCCUGCACAAAACGAAAGCCAAGGUGCUGGUAGAUCUUACCAUGUCACAGGAGAUGUUGGUGUUGGUAUGGAUUACAACUCAAGACCGGCAUACCGUUUCAGCGACAGCAAAUCCUACAAAAGCUCCACUCUGCAGUUUCAACUGCCAAAGGCCCAGCUUUCACGUUUUGAAGAGAUAUCGCGGAAACACCCUCCUCCCCACGAUCCUAGAGUAUUGACAGAAGCAAGCCCCGACCCACCGGCGCGGAAUUGCUCUAACUGGGUGGAUGAUGUCUUGGCGGAGGCGAAAACACUGGCAUAA